AUGGAUCAAUUUGAGUUUAAAUGUCCAGAAGGAUGGACUAUGUAUCGCAGUGUGUUGUAUAAAAAGUACAAAGAUCCCAAACCUUCCACUCGUUUCGCUAUUUACGACAUGGAUAACACUCUCAUGUUCACUCCAAGUUUGUUUGUGCAGGAAUUGGCGAAAGGAGUGAUGGUUCAAGUCGCUAAGCCCGUGAUACCUAACGAUUUUGCACUGUAUUCUAAAAAUUUGAGGGACAAGUUGCUUAAUGAGCUGGGAAAAGGUACUAGACAUGACAUUUAUCGCAAGCCUGGUAAUUUGGUACCAUUGCAUUUUGGUUCAGCUCCUGGGAUACUCCUGUUCUUCGAGAAAUACCUUAACUCGGGGCUGAAGAUAGACUUCAGCGACUCGUUUUACGUGGGAGAUGCCGCGGGGCGCAGACUACCUUACAAGGUCUCCUCAAUCAUGCUGCGCAACAUUCUGAAUCGCCUGAAGAGCAUAGAUUUCUCCAAACACCGGUACUACAACGUCGAUGGAGAGGGGAAUGUGGUUCAUGUGGACGCCAAUGCAAUAAUCAGCAGACUGACCAUCUCGAAGAUGAGGAACGUGUUUUCCUACGACUUCUCCGACUGUGACCUUAAAUUUGCAAUAAACAGCGGAAUGAGGUUUUUUACCCCUGACGAGUACUUUUACGACCUGCCACCGUAUGAGUUGAACGUCAAGUUCGACCCGAAAAAUCUAGGUUUGGACCCCUUUUUUCCCACCGUUCAAAGUGGAUUGAUGGUCAUAAUCGGUAACUUGUCAUCUGGCAAAACUUAUUUGGCUAAAAAUUGCACUAAAUUCAGUCAAAUAUCAGAGAGUAACUUUCUGUCUCGUGAAAAAUUCAUGAGAGCCCUCAAGGCCAUGCUUUCUGAGGGUAAAAAUGUGGUCGUUGAUGACACAAAUCAUGUUGCCAGUAAAAGGGUUGAGCUCGUGCAGCUGGCCCGCUCGCUUAAUGCUUAUGUCACCUUCGUCCACCUGGACCUUUCCCAGAACCUGAUCAAUCACUUGAAUAAGAUUAGGAGGCUAUACUCCGACGAGGGCACGCGUGAAUUUUUCGACGUUCCUGACAGUGCUGAGUCCUGUCACAAAAAAGGUGAUCUUAGGUUAAAAGUUGAGAGGCCUACUCUGGACGAGGGCGCCGACGCCAUAUACACCAUCGUUGACGACUGCUUUCCCAUGGAACACAACAGGCUAACUUUGUUGCACUUGCCAUAA